GUCACGAGACUGAUUUGGGAUCGGCAAUCCUAAGAUAACCAAAACAGCCUAGUCUCUCAGCUAAGGGUGCCGCCUCUAUAGAACUCGUCAAGCAGUCGACUGUUACAGCUCUGCAACAUGGCACAACCCAUGACAACGUUCCCGGAGGCUUAUCCACAACAAAACCCACACUAUGGGUACGACCAAGGACCUCUGCUUGCAUACAAUCCUGCACCGACUGCACCCAAAACACAGGUGUUUGUGAACCAGCCCGCUACUGUGACAACCAAAACUGUGUUCGUCAGACCUCGCGUCAAGCCGCGAAACUACAUGGGGAUGUCCAUCUCUGUGCUGGUGAUGGUCAAUCCGCUCUUUGGGACAAUUGCUCUCAUCUUUUCAAUGUUAUCGGACAGCGACUACGACGCCGGAGAUGUGGAGGGCGCCAGGAGCAAGGGAAAGAUAGCCUUUUGGCUAAACAUCGCUGGCGCGUUGACAAGCAUCAUUGUGUUAAUCGUGACCGUUGUUUGGUAUUGCGUGGAAGUAGCGGCAGUUUCCGAUUCAAUCUAUGACGAACCCUAACUAUAAACGUAUAGUUGCAGGGGCGGAUUUAGGCCGUCUUCUGGGUCUUCCGGAAGACGGUCAGAUUUUUAAGUUUACAUUGACGGGUA